AUGAAUGUACAGUCAUUCUACUCGCCUGAUGAUUUAACACAACCAGAGCCUGGAAUAUUUAUCGACGACAAAAUCAUAUUAUUUGAUAGUUUUGAUGUUAGCAUUAACAAGACCAAUGCUUUUUCCUUAGAUCUUUCUAAAGACAACCGUUCGUUAAUAUAUGCUUUUGGUGGAUUAAUUCCGACCAAUGAAAGUAAUUGGGAUCGAGGAAAUUUUGUAAACGACUUUUAUCAAAUUGAUGUAACGUCCUAUCCAAUUUCAAUUUCGCCUGUUACAUUCAGAGGUACUUUACCAAGCGUACGCGCCACUUUAAGUUCGAUUUUUGAUGACAAAGGAAAACUUUAUAUCUGGGGUGGAAAAACUCUUUCUGCAACAGAUCAAGCCAUGUACAUAUUUGACACAUUUGAUGCAACAUGGAGCCGAACGCUUCCUUCUUAUGUUCCUGUACAAAGAUAUUUUUAUUCAGUGACUUAUAGGGAUGGCAAAAUUUACUACAUUGGUUGCACUUUUUCGAAUAACACUAUAUGUGUCGAUAUACGCGAGAUUUUGAUAUAUGAUACUCUCAAUACAAAUAAUCCAUGGACUAUAAGAAAAGCGACAACUAAUGGAUAUAUAAAUAACCGUUAUCUUCACUCAGCCGUUCUAGCGUCCGAUAAUCAAAGCAUAAUUCUAUAUGGUGGUUCAUUAUCGAAUUCUUCAGGCAUUCCAAGUGAUUAUUUGAUCACUUUAAAUUUGCAAACAUUUGAAUUCUCAGAGUUUGAUACUAGAAACAUGCCUAGCACUGAUGAUGUGUCGACAAACGUCUAUCAAGAUAAAACGACGGCGUGUGCCAAUUUGGGGUUCGAACUUACCAUAAAAGUUCAGUUUAAUAUGGACUACAAUUUUAAUUACAUUCAAUUAUUAUGUUCUAUAUUGUAG